GAGCUCACUGAAUCCAACAUGGAGUAAGGAGGAGAUGGGGCUCGUCCGGGGCCAUCCUCACCGAUACCAGCGCACCAUUUUCGGUCACCGCAUUCCAGUCCGGUCCGGCGGGGGAGGAGGUAGAGGAGGCGGCGGAGGAGGAGGAAGAAAAGGCGUAGGAGGAGGAGGAGGAGGAGGAGGUGGAGGAGGAGAUCGGAAGCGCCUCUUCGGAUGCGCUCCAGUAAUUGAGAAGUGAAAGGAGAAGAGGAGGAGGAGGAGGAGGCGGAGGCGGAGGUGUUGGAGGAGGAGGGGGAGAGACGGGGAUCCGAGAAAACAUAACGCACUUCGGGAUUCAAGAGCCGAGCGGAGAGCGGGAGAGAACCGGAUCCGCCGCCGCGUCUGCCGCUGCCUCCGCCGCUGCCGCUGCCGCUGAAGGGCGAGGAAACAUGAAGACACCGCGCUGUGCAGCCGCGGCGGGAGCUCAUUAUUACCGGAGGUGAAACGGGAAAAAAUGAGCGAGGACACGCGCCCAGACGAGCAGGCUGAAUCACACGGCGGAGGGAAGCAGUGUGUGUGUGAGGCUGGAGACGAGGCUGGCAGCAUCUCCCGCCUCUCUCCGGCCCGUUCGGAUGUGGCGUCGGCGGCGUGCAGCAGCACAGCUCGACAACCUGUCGUCAACGGAGACCGCUGUGACACUGUGACCGUGGAAACAGGAUGUACGAGAGAUGUCGGAGUACAAAAGUGACAGCUACAUUGUGCGUGUCAAAGCGGUGGUGAUGACCAGAGACGAUUCGAGUGGCGGCUGGUUGGCGCAGGACGGCUGCCUGAGCAGAGUGGGCGUGUGCAGGUUGCUGUCGGCCGAACUGCUGGGACGCAACACCUUCCUCAUCCACGGGGAACGCCUCAAAGACAAGCAGGUGAUUCUGGAGUGUUUCUUAAAGAAGGAUCUGGUCUACACGAAGGCCACGCCGACUUUCCACCACUGGAAGGUGGACAACAAAAAGUGUGGUCUGACCUUCCAGAGUCCAGCCGAUGCCAGAGCCUUCGACCGCGGGGUGAGGAAGGCCCUGGAGGACCUGACAGAAGGGUCGACCACAUCUUCAUCAACGCUGCAGAAUGAGGCAGAGCUCGGCGAUGAUGACGUCUUCACGACGGCCACCGACAGCUCGUCCAACUCGUCUCAGAAAAGAGAGCCGACGAUGCACACACUGGCCCCGCCCAACUUCUGCGAGGCCCGUCGGCACCACUGCAUCCUGGGACAUUUCUACGAGCAGCACCGGCCCUCUGAUCACUACUUCCUCGACCAGGCGGUGCACAUGUUCCCUCGUCACGUCAGCUUCCAGGUGGAGGAGGAAGAGAUUGUACGCAUCAACCCCCGCGAGCGAACCUGGCUCACCGGCUACGAGGAUUACCGCCACGCCAACUCCACGCGUGACAAACUCACCCAGCCCAACAACCUCGACGCCUACGUACACUUCGCCAAGAGCGAGCCGCCCAAACACGACUACACCUACCCGUACCCGCUGAGCUGCGACGUGCAGCGAGGCUGCGACGGCAAACCUGGUUGCCUGGAGCUGGGCGGCGGCCACAGAGCGGUGGUGACGGUGCAGCCGCGAGCUCUGCAGCCCAAAGGCAAGAGGCGGAAGGAGGACGGUGAGCGUUCGCGCUGCGUUUAUUGUCAGGACAUGUUCAACCACGAGGACAACUGGCGGGGCCGCUGCCAGGAAGCACCCGACCCCAUUCAGACCUGCAUCAGGAGGGUCAGCUUCAUGUGGUGCGCGGACAGCCUGCUGUAUCACUGCAUGUCGGACCCGGAGGGGGAUUACUCGGACCCGUGCUCCUGUGACACCAGCGACGAGCGCUUCUGCCUGCGCUGGGCGGCGCUGGUGGGUCUGUCGCUGCUGGCGCCCUGCAUGUGCUGUUACGCCCCCCUGAGGGCGUGCUACCGCUGCGGCGUGGCCUGCCACUGCUGCGGCGGGAAACACAAAGCUGUGGGCUGAGGCGUCGCAGGCCCCCCCCCUCACAGAGACAGCAAGGACUCAUGGGAGAAGGCGGGGAAACGGAGGCCGCUGUGAUUUUUACGUUGUUUGUUUUUUUUGUUGUUGUUGUUGUUGUUGUUUGUCUCAUCUCCAAUUUUCCAGGAGGAGGAGAAGAAGAACUUUGUCUCAACAGAUAGAAAAAAAGUUCCCGGUUAUUUUUUGGUUUUUUGUCUUUUGUGAAAUUGGAGACCAAAAGGCUUCCAAUUCUCACAAAGACUGAACAAAGAAUAAAAUGUGUGUGUGUGUGUGUGUGUGUGUGUGUGUGUGUGUGUGUAUGUAUAUAUAUAUAUAUAUAUAUAUAUAUAUAUAUAUAUAUAUAUAUAUAUAUAUAUAUAUAUAUAUAUAUAUAUAUAUAUAUAUACAGGUACUAUAUAUUUUUACACUCAUGUGUGUUCGAGGCUUGAAAAUGUCAUUUUUCAGCGUUGUGUGAGGUCAGUGUGAAUGUCGUGUUCGUAGAGGGAACUGAAGCUCACUGACACAUUGCAAAACAUUUCAACCCUAAAAAGACAUUUUAGAGUGCUCGUAAUCAUUUCGAGAAAGAAAUCCAAUGUGGUGAGAUAAUUUCACCUUAAAGGGUUAGUUCGAUCUUUUAAGAAAUAGGCAUAUUCACUUUUUUUGCAGAAAGUUAGACAAGAAGAUGGAUAUCAGUCUCGUGUGUGUUAACAUGAGAGCGGUGUCGAUCUUCUCAUUAAAUUCUCAGUAACAAAGCAAAUUUUUCUCUGCAACAGCAGUUUGAUUUUCAUUUAUUUUAAGCUAACGUGACCUUGUACACACAGUUACUCCUGCUGCUGAGGUGAAUGUUUUGCACAGUGCCGGCAGCUCUGGUUCCCUGACGCUCAGCAGAGGCACUUAACUGGUCUGAAAGCUGCUCUGCUUACCUCCGAGCAAACUGAACAGAUAAACCAGUUUGGAUGACCAGUAAGAUGGCAGUUCCCAGUCCUCAACAAUCCAGAAACACAAUGACAAUUUGCCAGAAGGUAACAGUUGCAGCAUGUUGGAUUUAAAUCUGAAUAACUAAAGUUUUGUGCAGAUCAGUCAUCCAUUUUUGUAGUUUCUAACAAAACACAGUUUGCACAGUUGUACAUCACUGACUCAUCUCCUGCUGUCUCGCACACUGGUCAUACUGGUCUGUCUCUACUGGUUUGUGGUUUGGAGGUUUGUUUGGUGAUAAGAAAAACAAAAACGCCAGUAAGAGCAAAGCUACACUGCUUUAGAUACUAAAGCUCAAUGUGUGUGUGUAGGUGUGUGUGUGUGUGUGUGUAAGAAUGUAUCUGAGACUGUCUGUCAAAGGGCUGGGUAUCAAAAAUGAUCCUUUUGUUGGUAGAAAUAUUGACACGAAGGCAAGAAAAAUCAUUGAAAAGCAUCACAAUAUUUGAGUCUCACAGUUACAACUUCACUCAAAGACACUUUCCUCAAGUUCCUUUACUAAUUCACAUUUGUUUAACAACAAAAGUCUGAGGUUGGCCUGUUUCUUCUUUACAAAAUACAGCUGGCCGUUAGAAACAAAACGAUUUAUUAAAAAUGUUCCAGAAAGAAAGGUAAAGAAGAGGUAGUAAAGAGAAAUUCACGUUGAAGCCCAGCCUGGAGGGAACAAGUCUACACCACAACAUUUUUAUGAAAUGAGCACAAAGUCUGAAAAUUCAGAUAAAGUUUGUUGACAAAGCUGAGGAAACAGGAAAGGGAAUCUGAAGGUGGAGGAGGAAUCAUGACAGCAGUUAAACUUGUUUAGGUUACUCUUAAGAAGCACAUUGCAUUCUCAAAAAAAAAAAAAAUGUAAAGACCUUAUAUGUUUUAUAGACUUUUAUAUCUCAUAAUUCUGAGAUUCUCAUCUUGUAAUUCUGAGAUAAGGACCAACUGAUCUGAUGCUGCUUGGUUUGGCGGUCUGGCCAGUUAAGAAUGGGCACACGAAGCUUUGAAGGGCCAGUAUGCUUCCCGUUUGUCGGAUGGUCGAAUGGCAAGACAAUCCGAUCUGAUUGGUCAGCAGGUGAGAAAGGAGCCAGUUCCUCUCGCACUUUUCAUGGGAACAGCUGAGUGCAACGCUGCGAAUGUCCGUUAUCCCAACAUCAACAGUGCAACCGUUCAGAACGACUACGGCACUUCUGAUUCCUGACGUGGCCGAACAAAACGUCGUUCAAACCGGUUCUGAUGCCUGAUCAGCCACAACAACUCGUAAGAUCAGUCGCCACAUCAGAAGUAAGGGAUCAGUCAAAACGCUGCUUGCGACUAGCUGGUCGCUGUUUCAUUGCAUUGCGUUGCUACGGAAACGGUUUGGCUCCAAGUUAACUUGCUGCUGCAAUGAUUGAUAACCAUGUUUAUCUUUAUCUUAAUAAUAACAAGAUCUUUAUUUCAUAUUUACAAGAUUCGGAUCUCGUUAUUAUGAGAUACUGAUCUCGUAGUUAUGAAAUCUUUUUUUGUCUGUGGGUAAAUUCAGUGUGCUUUCAUAUAGUCAUAGCUGGACUGUCGUUAAAUUCAAAAAACAUCUAAAAAUGUUGCUCACGCAUUUCUUUGUUAUUUAGAUUCUCAACAGCUACUAGCUCCUGCGGUCCUCAUAAUAUAUUUACAAUACUUCAAUGAAGAAAACAAAAACACACACCAUACCAGACUGAACAAUACUAAGGACAAACACGAGACCAAACACAAUCAUUCAAACCUGUCUACUACAACAGAAAGCUCGACAUAAGUACAUCACCUCUUAGAGAUCUAAAGUAGGCUAAUCAAUAAAGCAACACACGUCCUCUGAUUACAAAUCCAUCAGGCUGGAUCUCUCUCUCCAUCGACAUCACGCCUUUAGGAGCAAAACCAGGACCACGUUUGGCUUCUUCCAUCUCUUGUGUAAAUAAAUACAAUCUUAACAUUUCAUUAAAGCGUGUUUUACUACCACGAUAACGAGUUCCGCGCUGCCGUUGCUCGAUAAUUUAUCGAGUAUCUUUCAUGGUAAAGACAUCGAUCCAGUCUUAAUAGUCCUAAACAUGCAUUUUAAGAUUUUGUGCUCCUUUCCCAGAAACGUGUGCACCUGUGAGUCUUUAUUAACGGAGUGAGAGGCCUGAACACUGAGUGGCUGUGAUUCUCCCAAAGCUAAAACUAGUGAAUAAGCUGCAGCAGUUCUGUAUACGGACAGACCUCAGUCUUCAUCACUACACAGAAGAACAAACUUCAGCAAGUGUGACGCUAAAUUAUUUAUUGUCCUCGUCCUUUUUUGGUGCUUCGGUGUCUUCUUCUUUCUUAGUUGAAUCUUCUCGUCUGUCGGGUGUGUGUUUCGACUUAACACUACGUUUUCCUUCGAUCACAAACUCCACGAUCACGUGAAGGUUUUGACAGCUUGUAAUUCUUCCGUACGUAGAGAUUACAAACUAAACGAACAGUCUGCCGUGAUGAAGCAGCUUCUGCAGGUUGUCUGAAGCCGCCUCGUGUAACUACAGUUUCUGUCUUAAAGCUGCAGAACAUUUUCCAAACAGUAGCGUCAGUUUUUAGUUUGAUUUCCUUCCUCCAAAGCAGCCUCUGGUUUCAGUUCAGUUUUAUGAAAAUCAACUAGCAGAGACUUGAAACUUGCUUUGGACCACUGAUCUUUAUUUUAGCUAUGUGAUUAGCUAUGCUUUGUGAUCAUGUUGUUCUGCAGUUUCAUGCAGGGUCCAUUUUUAAAACUUCCCUUGCGGUCUGAGAAUGAUUAAUAAUGAAUGAAUGAUGUCAGGAAAUCAAAUUCAGAAGGGAAACAUUACGUGAACACGGUUGUCAUAAGGAUGAGGGGAAAUCUGUGCUUUCUUACAUGAAAAAGUUUCUCUUUUUCAUCCAACUUUCAAACCUCGUGUGUCAGCGUUUGAGCCGAGCUUUUUGGAUACACGCGGUGCAGUUUUAGAUUUGUGGGUGUAUUUCUUUGAGUUUUCCCCGACAUCUAUUGGUUUCUGUACAAAACUCUUCCUUGACUUUCGUAAUCAUUCACAGUGAACAUAAAAUCUACAUUAAUGUUUGUCAAAUGCAGUUGAAGUGCAGUUUGAUUUGUAAAAUAAGCACUAUAAUACGUCACUGACAAAAUGAAUGCAGACUUGAUGUUGACUGUGAUGGAUUCACGCAACUAUUAAGAGUUGCCGCGUAGCUCUUAGUGGUGGCUUUUUCUGCUCUACACACAUGUGAGCUAAAUGCUAAAUGCUAAUGUGAGCAUGCUAACAUGCUCACAUUAGCAUUUAGCUCAAAGCACCGCCGUACCUAAGUAAAGCCUCGCAGAGCUGCUAGCGUGACUUUUAGUCUUGUUAAAUGAUUAAAAAAUAAAUGGAAACGAGUGGCUGCCAGGAAUGGUAGAAAAUAUACAUUCACUUUUCUAAAACACAGAACAUGUUUGUUAGUUAGCUGUAAUGUAACGUAUACGUGAUUUGCAGUAAAUAGGCUAAAACAUUGGUAUGGUGCUUUGAACGCACAAAAGACAAAGACUUGAAAAUAAUCCCUCCUCACAACUGCGUCAACUAAGUGUCGACUGGGAUUAUCUAUCUGUAGCAAGUCUCUGUUUUAUUUUGGUAUAAAUUCACUUUUUCGUAGAAAUUUCCCGUUCAAAGCGACGGCUGCCUGAAAGGUAUGAAAUCAAUUACAAAAACUUGCUAUGCUAUGAUUUGGAAGAUGGUUGGCGGUGAAAAACAUACAAGCAAUUUGUAUUAAACAGUCUAAAACAUACAAAACCACCAGUGCGCUACUUAAAUGCUACAUGUAGCACCUUUAAUUUAAAAAAGAGACUUGAGGCUCAGUGAAGCAGCAAUCAGGAGCGAAGGCCUCUGUUGUAAAGCUGUCGUCCUGCCUGUCUGCCUGUCUGUCUCCCCACUCUCUCCUCUUUCUGCUGUGUUUCCUGUCAAUCAAGCUUCACGAUACUGCUGCCAUUCGUUGUAGAGAAGAUUCCCACGUUUACUUUUCUAUCUGUGGCGAGGAAAGUGAACCAAAAGCAGUUUGUCUGUUGGACGCGGCGUCUUCGGCCUGCGCUCACUUCAGCUGUUAAAGGAAAGUGCCUGAAGCCUCCUCUUCAUUUACGUCCUGAUGUAUAUUUCAGAAAAUAAUAACUGUGUAAAAAAAAAAAAAUCAAAGGUUGAAUUCAUUGGUUUGUCUUUUUUAUAUAAUUCACAUUUUUACCUAUGUAAAAAACAGAAUAUAUAUAUAUGUAUAUGUAUCAAGUGUAUGAUGUACAUUUUCAGUUCUAUUUUUUUAUUGUUUCUAAUAUGAUGGAUGUAAAUCUCUUCUAACAGAAAAAGAGACAAUGAGACAUGUAUAAAUACAAAUACACCAUCUGGAAACUAAAGAAACAGCCUGGAUAGUAACAUUUA